UGGCGGCGAAGCGAUGAGCGGUUCGAACCCGAAGACGGCGGCGGCGGCAGCUGCGGCGGGGUCGGGGCCCGGGGGUCUGGGGACAACCAAGGACGAGAAGAAGAAGCCAGGCGGCGGCGUCCUGAACCGGCUCAAGGCCCGGCGCCAGCCGCCGUCCGCCGCCCAUCACCAUCCCGCGGACGGCGGCGGCAGCGGCUCCAGGAGGCCCGAGGCCAGGCGGGUCCCGCCGGUCACAGAGCAGGAGCUGCUGGCGCUGGAUACCAUCCGGCCAGAGCACGUCCUGCGCCUCAGCCGCGUCACGGAGAAUUAUCUUUGCAAACCUGAGGACAACAUCUACAGUAUUGAUUUUACCCGCUUCAAAAUUCGUGAUCUGGAAACGGGGACGGUGCUAUUUGAGAUUGCCAAACCUUCUGCUUCAGACCAAGAGGAGGAGGAGGAGGAAGAAGGUGGAGAGGUAGAUACCAGUGCUGGUCGUUUUGUUCGGUAUCAGUUCACACCAGCCUUUCUCCGGCUCCGAACAGUUGGGGCUACGGUCGAGUUCACUGUAGGAGACAAGCCUGUGUCCAACUUCCGAAUGAUUGAGCGGCACUAUUUUCGGGAACGUUUGCUGAAAAACUUUGACUUUGAUUUUGGCUUCUGCAUCCCUAGUAGCAGGAACACCUGUGAACAUAUCUAUGAGUUUCCUCAGCUCUCCGAGGAUGUCAUUCGCCUCAUGGUGGAGCACCCUUAUGAGACCCGCUCCGACAGCUUCUACUUUGUGGACAACAAGCUGAUCAUGCACAACAAAGCCGACUACGCCUACAAUGGGGGGCAGUAGCUGCAGGAAGGCGGCGAGGGACCACACCACCCCAACCACGUUCACCGCCGGCCUCAGCAGAGUGGGGGCCAGCAGCUUCCUCUCCAUCAAAGGAGACGCUGAGCAGGGCUGCUCUU